GAAUUGUCAUAUCAAGCGAGAUGAACACGCAAAGUGCCUCAGUGAUUACAUUUUUAAAUGUGAAAUUAUUCAAGUGAAAAGCCGUGUGAAAGUUAAGACUACUGUGCUAUGUUAAUAAUUUAUAGUGUUAAUAUGAAAUGCAGGCUAUAUCUUAAAUAUGAAAGAAGCGUCCAUUUAAUUUAAGUUUAAACGAAUGGACCGCUGUGCGAAAAGUAUUGGCAAUGAUGCUGCUGCGGCUGAACAUGCGGGUGGCGCUGGCGGCGCUGUGCGCCGGCGCACUGCUCAUCAUGCUGUACUGGAGCCGCUGUGGCGAUCUCGCGAGGAGACCAAUUGGUUCAGCUCUCAGCAACAGUUUGGUGGAACGGAGCAAUGACGACUUUGAAUGUGUGAUCAAUGGGGAAUACUCGGUGGCUUGCAGACGGGACCACGAUGAAGUGUAUCUACCGUUCUCCUUCAUCCGCAAGUACUUUGAGGUAUACGGCAAAAUAUCGUCAACAGACGGCGUCGAGAAGUUCGAAUGGUCGCACAGCUAUAGCAAAAUAUACCAUCCGAAAAAGAAAUACGAUCCCCGCGGCACGUUUACCACCUUCGAAAACUAUAACGUGGAAGUCAGGGAUCGGGUGAAGUGCAUCAGCGGUAUAGAUGGAGUGCCGGUGUCUACGCAAUGGGAGCCAAGGGGUUUCUUCUAUCCAACGCAGAUAGCCCAAUUCGGCCUCGCCCAUUACAGCAAGAACUUGACGGAACCGGAGCCUCGAGUGAGGAUAAUAGAUGAUGGGGACAAGAAUCUAGCCAGUUGGACUGUCAGCAAGGAUGCGACGUUCACCAGAGAAUAUGAUAACUCGUUGAAAGCGAAUGUUGUUAGAUUUGCGACGACGGACCAAGUAGGGAGUCAGGUCUGGUGCAAGGUGAACAUAAGCCAGGACUUCGUGUUGAGUUUGGACCUGCUGCUGAAGCCGAACUCCUCGAUGACGGUCGUGUUGCAGAAUAAGGAUAAGAAGGAGACGGUCUACUUGCACUAUGUGACGAGUAUGCAGCUGAUACAUGCGCAGGACGAGCACAUAUACUACGGCAUCGGAGUUGAAUACAAAUGGCGGCGGCUGACACGUGACCUCAUCAUCGACAUGCAGAAGGGCUGGGCUCUGCUCGACCGGCCCAAGCGGAAAUCUCCUAGGAAUAAGUUUAGAAUAUGGAGCGUGCACCUGUCGGGCAGCGGGCGCGCGGGCGGGCUGCGCGUGUCGGGCAGCGAGCACAUGGCGCACUUCUUCGCGGCGGCGCGCUGGCUGGUCGCGCAGCAGCGCGCGCGCGGCGGCUGGCCCGUGCCCGCGCGCCGCCGCGUCGCGCCGAGCGUGCCCGACCUGCGCCCGGGCUGGCACUCGGCCAUGAGCCAAGGGCACGGCAUCUCGGUGCUGGCGCGCGCGUACCACCGCAGCGGCGAGGCGGCGUACCUGCGCGCCGCGCGGCGCGCGCUCGCGCUGCUGGACGUGCCCGGCGCCGCGGGGGGCGUCAAGGCCAUGUGGAUGGACCGAUAUGUGUGGUACGAGGAGUACCCCACAAAACCUCCCCUCUUCGUGCUCAACGGUUUCAUCUACACCCUCCUCGGCCUCUACGACCUCCACGUCAUAGAGGGGGACAAUUCUGCGUCCCUCGCCAAGAAAAUGUUCGACGAUGGCAUGCUCUCCCUCAAAACCCUGCUGCCUAUCUUCGACACGGGCAGCGGGAGCUUCUACGACCUGCGACAUUUCACGCUCGGAGUCAGCCCCAACAUAGCGAGGUGGGAUUACCACGCCACCCACGUUAACCAGCUCUACUUGUUGGCCGGUCUCGAUCCAGACCCCAUUUUGAUCAACACGGCAAAACGGUGGGAGGGGUACAUGCAGGGGAAACGCGCUGCGCACAAUUGAACGGAGUAGUGGAAUGUUCUAGAAUGUCGAUCGAAAUGCGCUACGAAAGUUCUCGAUGAUGUUUCCUUGACUGGGAAAUGGGAAGAACCAAAAUAUAUUUAGUCUCGAAUUUUCUGGAACCGAACACGGUUCACGGUUCGUAAAAUCUUAUUGAAAAUUCGUAGAUAUACGAUAUUAAAACGAAAUACUAUACAGAUGUAUUUAAAAGUUCACAAUGGUGAUGAGUUGUAAAUCUUAAAAAGAUGAUGUUGAUAGGGAGUUCUAUAUAUAAUAGUUUUGUGAAAACUGAUUCAGGUGAAAACUUUCACAUAAAAAAAAUAUACGAAGCUGUUUUUAAUAUAUAAGCGUGAAAAAGACAAAUAAAGUGGAAAAGCGCAAAAUACGUAGUUACUAUUUAUAAUGGUAGAUUAUAAAUUAGUAAGGAAUCAGAGUUGUCCAGAUCCUGUCAGAUUAACAAAUAAAUUAAUUCAAUUAAUUACGUACUAAUCAUAAUUUCUUUAACAAGCUACUUUAGUCUUCUUAUCAACGAUUUGGUUGUAAUUCUACUAAAUUACUACCGAAACACAAGCUACUUUUUAAAAACUUAAAACAAAACAAACAAAAACAGCUCAGUAGUUCAUGUGAUUUGCCUUUGAACAUGAAAAAUUUUGAUUUUAUCAAUCUACGUUUAUAAAACUUUUAUUCUUUAAAUGUUUUUAUCGUAGAAAUGGUAUAUAGCACUUUUUACACUUAUAUAUAUAUACAUAAAAACUAUGGCUCACUAUAGACUUUAGUUAUGGUAGGAAGAGCCUUAGUCCUAAAAUCCUCUAAAAUCGUAUGUCAUCAAGAUCACAUGAGAAAUGUAAAUAAUAUCACUAUAUAAUUUGGUGCUUGUUAAAAAGUACGUUUCUUUUGUCUUUCCAAUAUCAUUAUACUAGCGUUACGCUCCGGCUUCGUCCUUCGUACAUAUAUAGCAUUCGUGGAUCACAAAAUGUCCAAAGAAGAAUUUUGGAAAUAGGUCCUGCAGUUCCUGAGAAAAGACCUCUUCGGCUUAUUAUUGUUUUA